UUAUCAAUGCUGGUGGGUGCCCUGUCAGAAUCAGACUUGAUUUAGGAACAGAAAAUGGCCAUAUGGCUGAAAUGCAGCAGUUUUUGCAUUUUCCUUGGAACCAAGUACAAUCCGACAGUGUCACCUUUGGUCCAAGCUCUGGAAACCAGCAUAUUGAAAGAUGGUGGCUGACCUUGCGAAGAAGAACUUAAUGAGGUUGUAUUGACUUGGAACAACCUGAGUCCAUCAAGUCUAUAACUCACGAUCACCCCAUGGACGUCCCUCCAUAUUGCAUGCAGUCCCUCAUCUGUACGGAGGCAGAGAGUGUUUGCACUCUGUGGACCUGGAGAAGGUUCACGUCUGCCUUGUCGAGUGUGUGUUCAAGAACCUCAUUUGUAAUUGUUCAUCUCAACUUAAUGCCUUUGAGCAAAACAAAUGUGCCCCCAAAUCUUCAGAUACGAUUACCUCCUGAGGUGAACAGAAUCCUGUACGUCAGAAACCUUCCUUACAAGAUCACAGCGGAGGAAAUGUAUGAUAUCUUUGGGAAGUAUGGACCAAUACGUCAAAUCAGAACAGGGAACACACCUGAAUCAAGAGGAACAGCUUACGUGGUUUAUGAAGAUAUCUUUGACGCCAAGAACGCCUGUGACCAUCUGUCAGGCUUCAAUGUCUGCAACCGUUACCUGGUGGUCCUCUACUACAACGCAAACAGAGCUUUCCAGAAGAUGGACAUAAAGAAGAAAGAGGAACAGCUGAAGCUUCUAAAAGAGAAAUACGGCAUCAACACAGACCCUCCAAAGUAGCCUUCUGGAAACCCCAUCGCCUCUCACCUCCAUGUUCAAAAUCUUUCUUUCUAUUUCUACAAGCCUCACAUGUUCCUUGGUUUAUGCUGGUAAUCAUUUACUGAUACAGUUGUUGUUUUUUUAAAUAAUUUUGUUGAAAUGAGGGGUUGUUUUUAUUAUUUCCAUGUGAACACUGUUUAGAGACUGGCCGUGUGAGACUUUCCUAACUUUGGCUGGUAAUCCUGUCAAAGUACUUGACAGGCGGGACAAACUUCUUCAGCAAUCAACAGGUUUACCCAGGAUUUACAUAGUCCCUGGCGAUAGUAUUGACCCGUGGUAAGAUGUAGAAAUCUUCCACAGCAAGUUAUUUUUCACUCUCUUGGUUAAUCUUUUCAUACAUCUUUGAUCUUUUUAAUUUAAAGCCAAUCAUGCUCAAGCAGUGUGUGAUACGAAAUUGAGUUGAUGAGUACCGACUGUGUAAAGUAUAUGGUUUCUGUAAAAUAAAUGUUCCUUUUCUUAAA